AUGAUGAUGAUCCAAAAGUCAACAACAACAGAUCAUCACGACUCCCGAAAAAACCCGUCGACCCAAAACGCAGCCACCAACAAAGGCGCCAGCUGGUCCCGGUUCAACGACCCGCGGGUCGUUCGGGCCUCGAGAGCUCUCGGCGGGAAAGACCGUCACAGCAAGGUGUGCACCGUGCGCGGGUUGCGCGACAGGCGGGUGAGGCUAUCGGUCCCCACCGCCAUCCAGCUGUACGACCUUCAAGAACGGCUCGGGCUCAACCAACCGAGCAAAGUGGUCGACUGGCUGCUCAAUGCCGCGAGGCACGAGAUAGACGAGCUCCCACCUCUCCAAAUCCCGCCCGGGAUGAUGUCAAUGAUGAUGUCAGCAAACGGUGAAGAAAACCGAGACGAGUUGACUUCGGUGGGGGGGUUGACUUUAUCACGAGCGCCGAGAGGAGCCACCAGUCAACUACACGAGGAGGACAGCUGGCGUAAUUUUGGGUUGCUUCCGUUGCAAGUUCCGACGACAAUGUCGACCGGGCCAUUCGUUAUGACGAGCACGCAAUCGUAUUUUCCUUCAGAAGCAGUCAACUAUUAUCGUGCCGACUCUUCUUCGGCUGGUCAACCAUCUUUGAGGUCGAUUCACUUCGACAUGACGGCAAAUUUACUGGCUUCGCACGACUAA